AUGGGACCUCGAGGAGCCUCUCUUCUGGCAGUGGUCCUUGUCUUAGGGCUGUGUGCUCUGGUGGAGAGCGACAAACCUUCCCCCUGCCAGUGCUCCAGGAUGGCACCGGUAAACCGAAAGAACUGUGGCUUUCCGGGCAUCACCAAUGGACAGUGCUUCGAUCUCGGGUGUUGCUUUGACUCCAGCGUUGGUGGGGUCCCCUGGUGUUACCAACCACUUCCAAGACAAGAAUCAGACGAGUGUGUCAUGGAAGUGUCAGCCCGACAGAAUUGUGGGUAUCCGGGCAUCAGCCCCAGUGAGUGCGCUUCUCGACAGUGCUGCUUUUCCAGCUCAAUCUCUGGGGUGCCCUGGUGUUUUUUCCCACAGUCUGUGAAAGCCCAAGCCGACUGGUUAGCAUCACCCAGUGGCCUACUUCUGCUGCCUGGGGGAAAUCCUGAGGUCCAGGACUAA